AUGUCUGCCGAGGAGGAUCUCAUCGACUACUCUGACGAGGAGCUUCAGACCACAGAAGCGCCUGCCACCAAUGGAGCCGCGAAGAAGAAUGGUGCAGCUACUACUGCGACCGACAAGGCCAAAGGCAGUUACGCAGGCGCCCACUCAUCCAGCUUCCGCGACUUCCUACUCAAAGCAGAAUUGAUUCGAGCCAUCACCGACUGCGGUUUCGAACAUCCUUCGGAGGUUCAACAGACAUGCAUUCCGCAGGCUCUUCUCGGCACCGACGUCCUCUGCCAGGCCAAAUCAGGUCUUGGCAAGACAGCUGUCUUCGUCCUCACCACUCUCAACCAAAUGACUGUUGAAGCAGGAGAGUGCACAGUUCUCGUCAUGUGUCACACCCGCGAAUUGGCGUACCAAAUCAAGAAUGAGUACGCUCGAUUCAGCAAGUAUCUCCCAGAUGUCAAGAUUGGCGUCUUCUACGGCGGUACACCCAUCCAGAAGGACCACGACAUCAUCAAGAACAAGGAGACCUGCCCGAAUGUGAUUGUGGCUACGCCUGGUCGGCUCAACGCUCUAGUCCGCGACAAGAUCCUCUCCCUCCGCAGUGUCAAGCACUUCGUCCUCGACGAGUGCGACAAGAUGCUGGAUCAGAUCGAUAUGCGACGUGACGUUCAAGAGAUCUUCCGCGCCACUCCUACCGAGAAGCAGGUCAUGAUGUUCAGCGCCACACUCUCUCAGGAAGUCCGACCCAUCUGCCGAAAGUUCAUGCGAUCGCCCCUCGAGAUCUUCGUCGACGACGAGACCAAACUCACUCUUCACGGCCUUCAGCAGUACGCCAUCAAGCUUGACGAAGGCGAAAAGAACCGCAAGCUCAACGACCUGCUCGAUUCGCUGGAGUUCAACCAGGUUAUCAUCUUCGUCAAGAGCACACAGCGUGCUACCGAACUCGACAAGCUUCUGCGUGAAUGCAACUUCCCCAGUGUUGCUGUGCACUCUGGCGUCAGCCAAGAAGAACGUAUCAAGCGCUACAAGGAAUUCAAGGAGUUCAACAAGCGCAUCUGUGUCGCCACCGACGUCUUCGGCCGUGGUAUCGACAUUGAGCGAAUCAAUUUGGCCAUCAACUACGACCUUCCCACUGAUGCUGACUCAUACCUCCACCGUGUCGGUCGUGCCGGUCGUUUCGGUACCAAGGGCCUGUCGAUCUCGUUCGUGAGCAGCACCCAAGACGAAGACGUCCUCAAGGAGAUCGAGAAGCGAUUCGAGGCCAAGAUUCCCCCUUACCCGACCGAAGGCGUCGAGAGCUCCAGCUAUAUGGCUACCUAG